AUGCCGGCAGCAAAGUGGACCACCAAUGAACAGUAUGUUUGGCUUCAAGAUCGGUUGGCGACAUAUAUGGUCCACGCAAAGGAAAGGGAUUACUCACAUUUCUGGGCUCCAUGCCGUAUAGCCUGGUUCGCGCAGUUCCCAGAACGCGCGGUCAUCUAUCCUGACAUCCCCAUGGAUGUUGAGCUUACCUGCGAGCAGGAACAGGUUGUCAAGCUCACAGAGCAGGCACGUGAGACACAACUACACACUUGGUUUCACUGGCGUGUAAAUAAAUCUAAGAAGAACCGCAGCCUAAAGAAGAAACUGACGGCCUUUGACGAUACUCUGCAGCCAAAAAGACGUGCGAAGUCAGAGGCCGAAAUUUAUUCAGAGAUGUAUUAUGACGAACGUAUCAAGCCUUUGGUGAUGGCUGAGCAAGAAGCCGGAAACGUGGCAACAUCCAGCAAGCGCAUGGCCCUUGGUCGAAAAUUCUCGAAGGAGUUACUUGAAGAUGAGACCAAAGAGAUCAAGGCAGAGAUUCGUGAAAAGUAUGAGGAACAACUCACUCACAAGAAGCAUGCCAAGCGUGGGAAGAACAUUCUUGACGAUGAUGGUGACGGCGACAAUGAUGACAAUGAUGAAGAGUUAGAUGUGGAGGCAAUCAUGCAAGGUAUAGAUGACUUACCUGUCAUUUGUCAACACUUUGCAAAGCUUGUCAAGCAGAAGACUCGCUUCAUGGUCUCAUUUAUGUUUGCUGGUCCUGAUCCCAGAAAUGACUGGGACAUGACAACAUUGUCGUGUCAUCCUUCAGAAACACCUCAAGGUGAUUCCUUUGCCGAGCUAUACCAGACGGCUGAUAGCGACUUCUUGGCAGCCUUCCAGCAGUACGCAGAACAAAUAUUUCCUGGCAACAAGCGGAAGCCCGACACGUAUUCAAGGAACAAGGUCGAAAGCAGUGAGAUUGGAGGCUUUACUGAGGAGGAGUCUGAGGAGCGUGAAGAGGAUGGGGAGGAGUGUGAAGAGGAUGGGGACAAAGACGAGGAAGGCGAAGAAGACGAGCCCAAUGUGCAGUCCACAGACGUCAAGGAAGAAUCUCAGCUAAAUGUGGAUGAGGGUGAGGCGAAUCAAUCCAUGGAGUCUGCAGUCACUCUUCCCAUCCCUGGUGCAUCAUUAGGCGAUGCAUCAGGUGCACCUGAUGCAUCAAGUCUUGGGGGAUCAUCUGUGAUGCACGCAUCGAUGGAGACGACUGCCAGUUAUGGCACACCAAAUGAUGCCUCAUACUAUGGCAUGGCAAUGUAUGACACGCAGCCUCAGCCCAUGUAUGGCACCCAUGCCAUGUAUGGUGGACAGGAUCGAAUGUACGGCACACAAGGACCAACAUAUGACGCGCAGGGCACCGGCCAUGCUUUACUCGCCGGAAAUUCCUGCCUCACUGAGUCUGAUGUGUCGCUUCACUCUCAAGGAAUCGCAUUCCCAAUACAGACGAGUAACUACAUCAAUUUCGGCAUCCCUCCUUCUAAUUUGUUCAUGCCAGGCGCCGUCACCCCCGAGUUUUCGUUCGAUCAGGGAUUCCAGGCUGCAAAUUGGAACAACCAGGCCUGGAACAUGAACAACAACAAUCCAGCCUGGAAUUUUGGUGAUGGAGCAGAAGGAGGCACUCCCCGAGGAGGCCUGCAGGACUUACUCAACUCACUCCCUGCUCUGCCUUCUCCUGAACCCAAUGAGGACUCGCAACCUGUUCUACCUUCUCCCAACCCGAUCCUGAGUACGGACAAUACUUCUCUCCCUUCCAUCGGCAAGGCUCGCAUGACGACUGGCAGAAGGGUUGCCCAGAAGGGUACCCAAAAGGGAGACAGCCAGAAGUGUCCUAAUACUAAGUCGAUGAUUGGGCGGGCUGCAGCCAAACCCUCUGCUGAAACAGCAACACAGCCGUCUCCCAUUGUUUGUGCCACCAAGAACAAGCAGCCGCCUGGCCAGGCUAAAUCCUCUUCCAAGAAGCUGUCUGUCACUAAGCCAUCGCCUGCACAUGACCAAAAAAAGCAGCCACCUGCUGCUAAGGCAUUGGCUGAUGAGGCUGCCGCUACCAUGAAUAUCGCUUUGGACACUGAAGUACGCAGAAAGCGCGUGCCAAUCAAAUCUAGAUGCAAUGACCUUGCAGAUGCUAUUGGGACUAACAGUGUCUCGUUCUUCGCUGGGAAGGAGAAUUUAUUGGAGGCUGAAGCACCUUGCUUGUUGAAGCGGUGUAGGACACGAGCUGGCGCUGGGCUCGUAUCAAGCUAUUUUACAGUACACGUCAAAUACCCGUCACAUGCUAAUCACUUCCCGAUGUUAUCCGACGCUAACCCGCCAACCCGACGUUUAGGCCGCAUCGGACCCAAUGUUUUCCCGCGCACUUGUCCUAUCCGUGUCCCGUCCCGUCUUGCUAGCCCCACUAGUCCGCAGCGCCUCAUGUUUAUUUACAUGUACUUCGGAUCCGAAAUACUCCGCCGCUACUUUCGCCUACGGGUUCCGCAUUUCUACAGGGGAGCAGUUCCCCGACGCUUAGUGGUCAAACCCGAUAUCCGUAGUUCUUAG